AUGUGCACCAACGGCUACGACAUGGACUGCAAGCGAGAGUGCCAUGAUGAGUUUACGGAGUGUCGAAGAUCCGGUACUAUCGACUACGCGGAUUGCCGAUCUGACAGGCAAGAAUGCUACGAACUCUGCGUUUGCCACCACACUCACCGGGAAUUUGUCAACAUUAAGCACCCAGUAAGAAGCUGCCCUCCACCACGAUCGAACGAAUGCGACUUUGUGAAGCAACAGCUGACAGUGGCACCUGAUUUUUUUCACCAUUCCGAGUGGCGAUGCGAAUAUGAAUGUCUCACGAAAGCUUGA